UAGUAGGCUAUACAGAUUUUUUAUGUGAUGCUUUGCUUUAUAGAUGUUUUGUCGUUUUAAAUAGAAUGUGGCGCGUGGGUGAGCCGCUGCUGAUGACGUCAUCACCAGCGCGCGCUCCCUCAGUCGGCGUCGAGUCUCCUGAGGCGAGCAAUUCAUGUUCAGUGUAGCUUCUGAACAACAAUCACUCAGUCAGUGAUUUCACCAAUAAAUACUGGACUAUUCACAUCAGCCUACAAGUGAAGACUAGCAUCAUAAAGAACUGAAAUCUACGAAGACUGAGUUUAUUAAAGAGGACGGAGAAUAUGAGAGAUCUAGAACCCUGCAGAAUGAAACACACUGAAGAUACCGGAGAACAAACAGAGUUGAUUGGAGAACAUGAGGAGAUUGAAGAACUGAGUGAAGCCGAGGAGCAAAAUCAUGUCAAAACUGGAGAAAAGCCUCAGAGUUUCUCUCAGGAAGAUUUAAAGAAAAUAAGUGCUAAGAAAACUUUCACCUGCACUCUCUGUGGAAAGAGUUUCGCAUACAAAAAUAGUCUUAAUGUUCACAUUAGAGUACAUACCGGAGAGAAACGGUACAAGUGUUCACAUUGUGACAAGGGAUUCAAUUGGACAGGACACCUGAAAGCACAUGAGAGGAUUCACACUGGAGAAAAACCUUACAAAUGUUCAAACUGCGACAAAAGGUUCGGUCGGCCUGGAAUCCUGAAGGCACAUGAGAGGACUCACACGGGAGAGAAACCGCACACAUGUGACCAGUGUGGGAAGUGUUUUGCGCAAAAAGGACAACUUACGGCGCAUAUGAAAAUUCAUACGGGAGAGAAACCAUUCACUUGUGAUCAAUGUGGGAAGAGAUUUGCACACUCAGCACACCUUAAGGUACAUAUGAACAUCCACACUAGAGAUAACAUGUGCAUGUGUGAUCAAUGCGGCAAAAUGUGUUUGAGGGCUUCAGACCUGAAGAUGCACCUGAAAGUUCAUACAAAGGAGAAGCCACAUCCAUGUUAUUUAUGUGGAAAAAGUUUUUCAUGUCUACGAAAUUUAAAAGUACAUCAGAAAAUACAUACUGGUGUGAGAGAGUACAUGUGCUUUGAGUGUGAAAAGACUUUUAUUUCGGCGAACAAUUUAAAACUGCAUCAGCGGAUCCACACUGGAGAAAAACCUUACAAGUGUUCACACUGUGACAAGAGAUUCAGUUGCUCGGGAAUCCUGAAAAGACAUGAGAGGAGCCACACUGGAGAGAAACCUUACAAGUGUUCACACUGUGACAAGAGAUUCAGUUGCUCGGGAAUCCUAAAAAGACAUGAGAGGAGCCACACUGGAGAGAAACCUUAUAAGUGUUCGCACUGUGACAAGAGAUUCCAUCUGUCAGAAAACCUAAAAAGACACGAGAUGAUCCACACUGGAGAGAAACCAUAUAAGUGUUCAUACUGUGACAAGAGAUUCAGUCAGGCAGCAAAUCAGAUAAUACACGAGAGGAUUCACACUGGAGAGAAACCUUUCAAGUGUUCACACUGUGAGAAAAGAUUCAGUGAUUCAAGAGACCUGAAAAGACACGAGAGGAUCCACACUGGAGAGAAACCGUAUCAAUGCACUGCAUGUGGGAAGUGUUUCAAACAAUCUUCUUCUCUACGCUGUCAUACAAAAAAUGUUCACUGCAAGUAGAUCAUCUUCAGAUCAGGACUUUAAGGUCUGACGCCGCGUCCUCAACAAAUAUUACACAAUAAUGCAUCAAGCAAUAAGAUGCCGUCUGGAUGAAUCUGUGCUAACCAGUCAUUACAAGUGACAUGACAAAGAAACAUUAUCUAAACUUUUCACAGGGAAUGAAGUUCAUCAUCAUCUUUAAAACCAGCAGUUUCAACUGUGUGAUUCAGAUCAACUCAAAGAUGGAGCUCCCCUAAGAAAAAUGUCAAAAAGUGUUACUCUUGUGUAUCAUUUUGUUUUCUGUCAUAAGUCAUUGGUUCCCAACCCUGGUCCUGGAGGCACCCCAACA